UAUCUACGUGCUGCUGCACCGUCUGCCGGCCUCUGGUGCUGAACUUGACUGCGCCGCCGAGGAGCCAUGGCUGAAGAACGCUCUGCCGCCGACUGGGAGAUCGACGUGGAGAGCGUGGAGAAGGAGGCGAACGAGGCCGCCGUCGCGCCGCUCAGGAGCGCUGAGGAAGAGGAGGAAAGCGAGGAGGCGGCGGCGGCCCCACGGCGGGGAGAGCCGCGAAAGCUGAGCCGCACGCCGAAGUGCGCCCGAUGCCGCAACCACGGCGUGGUGUCAUGCCUGAAGGGCCACAAGCGGUUCUGCCGCUGGCGCGACUGCCAGUGUGCCAACUGCCUGCUGGUGGUGGAGCGGCAGCGCGUCAUGGCCGCCCAGGUGGCGCUCCGACGGCAGCAGGCCACUGAGGACAAGAAGGGGCUGGCGGGGAAACAGACGAGCCUGGAGCGCAAAGCCGUCUACCAGAGGCAUAUCCGAACGCCCAGCCUUCUGGCCAAGAGCAUCCUGGAAGGUUACCGUCCUAUUCCAACAGACCCUUACCUGGGAGGGAAUUCACCCUUGCCACCCCCUGUAAGUGACAGGAUGAGAAAAAGGCGAGCUUUUGCUGAUAAAGAGCUGGAGAAUAUUAUGCUAGAGAGAGAGUAUAAAGAGAGAGAGAUGAUGGAAGCUACACAAGCAGCUGCCUUUUUUCUCCCUAAUCGCAUGGUGCAGGGACCUGAGUACAAUUCGUAUAAAACAGCCUUCAAUGCUACUCAAGCUGAUGCUUCAAACAAGGAGUUUUGUAAUUUUUUACCAACCUGCCUUGACCUAACCAUGCAAUAUUCGGGAUCCAGCAAUGUGGAACUGAUUUCUUCAAAUGUCAGUGUAGCUACUACUUACAGGCAGUAUCCCCUGUCUUCCAGAUUCUUAGUGUGGCCAAAAUGUGGCCCCAUUAGUGAUGCUCUCCUCUACCAGCAAUACCUGUUAAAUGCUACUACUGUCCAAACUCUCAAACCUGGGUCAGGUUGGGAUACCAAGGUCUCACAAAGUCAGGACUGUCCAAACACUGAGGGCAACAUCAUGUCUCCAAAACUGGAAAAUUCUUUUGUUCUGACUCCCGCACAAGAUAUUCAGCAGUCAUGUAAUGAGAUACCGUGCCUUCCUCAGGAAGAUCGUGAAAGGUCAGCUUUCUCUCCUCCAAAAAGGACUUUCUAUCAGAUUUCUGAUAAGGAUUCUCUGACUCCUCAGGGACAGGUAUUAAACAAGUUCAGCAAAGAUAGCACCAAGCCCCCUCCACCACUCAAAUACAGCCGAUUUCAGUCACUGUUCCAGCAAACACUUCCUGACAGAUCAGGAGAAGAGUUGAGAACAUCAUUUGUGAAAGAGACUUUUGAAGAUGCUCCUAAAAAAUAUAGAGAGUGUUCAAUUAAAGAGAACCAGAACUACAAGCUAACAGUAGACAAAUGUGCAAAAGACUUAUUUGGGGCCAAAGAGGCCACUACAAAACUUCCAUCAACCGAGCUGCUGUCAUUUUCAGUUGAAUCAAUUCUUAAGCGGCCCUCUUCUGGCAGUUGCUAAUGUCUCUCAAGUGAAUGAACUUUAUGUUUAGUAUAGAGAGUUUGUAUGCUUUGUCUUCUGCAGAUUUGCUACUGUCUGCCUUGUGUCUUAAAAGAUUUGUGAAGAGAACUUCUUACUGUAAAUGGUAAUUGUUUUAUCUGAGAAUGUUGUACAUGAAUAUGCAUGUUUUCUCUUCUGGAAAAAAAAAAUAAAGUGAAACUGCAUGUGUAGACUGCAAAGUGCUGUUAUCUCAAGCAGUUCAACAAACUGAGAUUACCUACAAGCAUAGACACUUUCUUGAUCUCUGUUUUGUCUUUAUCUUGCAGGCAUGUAUGCCUUACAUUCAGGAUAGGUUCACUAUUUGUCUGCUGUUAUCAAUGUACUUCCUAGUUAU